GGCCGCCAGGUGCGGUAACGAGCACGCGCACGGCUCACCUCGGAAGGGGCGGGGCGCGGUGCGGCUCGCGGUUACCGCCGGGGCGGGGCGGCCCGGAUCACCUGGGCCGAGGCGGAACUGAGGGGUCCGGUCACCGCACGUAGGACCUGGAACUAAGACUCACCUGUGCGGGAGGCGGAGGCGGGGCCAGCGCAAAAGACUCACCUGAGCCGGAGGGAAACCGGGCCUGGGAGGAGCCCGGGGCUCGCCCAGCGCGAAGCGAGAGGCGUCCCGCGGCUGGCCCGGGACAACGCUCCGUCCGGGCGUCCGUCCCCGCGCGGCCGCCAUGACCUGGAGCGCCACGGCCCGGGGCGCCCACCAGCCCGACAACACCGCGUUCACGCAGCAGCGCCUCCCGGCCUGGCAGCCGCUGCUGUCCGCCAGCAUCGCGCUGCCGCUCUUCUUCUGCGCGGGCCUGGCCUUCAUCGGCCUGGGCCUGGGCCUCUACUACUCCUCCAACGGCAUCAAGGAGCUCGAGUACGACUACACCGGCAACCCGGGCACCGGCAACUGCUCGGUGUGCGCCGUGGCCGGCGAGGGCCGCGCGCCGCCGCCCAACUGCUCGUGCGCCUGGUACUUCUCGCUGCCCGAGCUCUUCCAGGGCCCCGUGUACCUCUACUACGAGCUGACCAACUUCUACCAGAACAACCGGCGCUACGGCGUGUCCCGCGACGACGAGCAGCUGAGCGGGCUGGCCAGCGCGCUGCGCCACCCGACCAACGAGUGCGCCCCCUACCAGCGCAGCGCGGCCGGCCUGCCCAUCGCGCCCUGCGGCGCCAUCGCCAACAGCCUCUUCAACGACUCCUUCUCCGUGUGGCACCAGCGCGUGCCCGGCGGGCCCUACGUCGAGGUGCCGCUCGACCGCACCGGCAUCGCCUGGUGGACCGACUACCACGUCAAGUUCCGCAACCCGCCGCUGGUGAACGGCAGCCUGGCGCUGGCCUUCCGCGGCACGGCGCCCCCGCCCAACUGGCACCGGCCGGUCUACAAGCUCAGCUCCGACCCCAACAACACCGGCUUCAUCAACCAGGACUUCGUGGUGUGGAUGCGCACGGCCGCGCUGCCCACCUUCCGCAAGCUGUACGCGCGCAUCCGCCAGGGCAACUACUCGGCCGGGCUGCCGCGGGGCGCCUACCGCGUCAACAUCACCUACAACUACCCGGUGCGCGCGUUCGGCGGCCACAAGCUCCUCAUCUUCAGCAGCAUCUCGUGGAUGGGCGGCAAGAACCCCUUCCUGGGUAUCGCCUACCUGGUCGUGGGCUCCCUCUGCAUCCUCACGGGCUUUGUCAUGCUGGUCAUCUACAUUCGCUACCAGGACCAGGACGACGACGACGACGACGACUGAUUCCAGCUUUACAAGGACCCUUCCUGCUGCGUGCCAAAACUAUUGCAAGCUUCUUUUGGCGUCUCCACCCCUCACCCAAUUCCAACCUUGCCACACUUUUCCUCCCGUGGUGGAUGAGGGGUCCAGAGAAAGGAAUUACCCCUUUCUCUUGGGGGCUGCUGGACUCUCUUGCUAGGGUGUUUGUAGUGCAGAGCGAAACAUGUCUUGCAAAUUGUCC